AUGAUCGACAUUCUAUCAGCAUUCCUCGGUCCGAAAUUGGUCCUGCAAGCAGCCGGUCGAUGGCCAGAAAAAAACACCACAUUCGGCAUAAAAUUCAGGGAAUUCAUAUCCGAUUUCAUAGAAAUCCUGCUCUGUCUCUUCAGCAUAGCAGAAAUCAUGUAUCUGCUAGACGAUUAUGUAAAUUUGUACGACCACAUGUCUUUGUGCUUCACUUUAUUCGGCCAUUUAGUCAAGAUCCUGAUCUUCAGGGUGUACAGCAAAAACUGGCUGGAGAUUUUCGAUCAAUGCAAAUCGAAGCACUUCAACGAUUACCCGGCUGAGUUCGAUUAUAUCUUGAGGAAGAAUAUUAAUUUCACCGUCCAUUUCGGUAAUUCUUUUAUAACAGCUUGCGUUGUAGCCGCUGCUAUGUAUGCUAUCGUACCGAUGUUAUCCGCUGUUGAUUUACCCAUAAGAUGUUCGAUUUUUUCGCAGGAAUAUAGGGCUGUUGUGUACACAUUUCAAACGAUCUCUCUAUUGGUUUGCGCUUCCACAAAUUCCUCUAUCGAAGCUGUCACGAUGAACGCGAUAAGCAUAUGUGUUGGACAAUUGAGCAUAUUGGUGGAGAAAAUCAAAUCGUUUAAUAUGGUAGACAAGCGAAUCGAUAUUUUCGAAUGCAUUAAGCACCAUAAUGAAAUUAUUCGCUUUGUUGGUAAUGUUGAAGCAGCCAUAUCCAAAAUAGUUCUAGUUGAAUAUUUGAAGAGCAUAUUAGUGCUUUGUUUCUUAGGAUUCCAGUUGAUACAUGUGAUUUUGUUGGAGUAA